UGAUUUGUGGUACUACAUGUACAAUGUAGCUAGGUUCUCAAAAUGGCCUCAAUCCCCAUCGCCAACCUUAUCACUCAAGAUGUAGCUAGAUCUAGUGGCUAUGACUACCAGUUUGUGGAGGAGGCCUCUGAUGACCUCAAGUGUCUGAUUUGCCUGUGUGUGGCCAGGGACCCUCAACAACAUGGGGACGGGGGCUGUGGGAAAAUAUUCUGUAGAAGCUGUAUCGACAAGUAUAAGAAGAAUAAUGACAAGUGCCCAAACUGUCGAAAAGUUAUAAAUACCUUCAAGGAUGAAAGAAGCAAUAAGGACAUCCAGUCAUUGAGAGUUAAAUGCACUAAGUGUCAGGAUGGUUGUGAGUGGGUGGGUGAGCUACGACAUGUGGACGAUCACCUGCUCAACACCUGUGACUAUGUCAAGCAUUCCUGCCCUAAUGUGUGUAAAACAGCAACACAAUUGUUUCGUAAAGACCUCCAAAAACACCUUGAGAACGAGUGUCCAUGUCGUCAGUACAGCUGUCCGCAUUGCCAGGAGACUGGUGAGUACCAAGUUAUCACUGGAAAGCAUACGAAGAUCUGUCCUAAGAUGAUCAUUGAGUGUUCCAAUGCUCCUCACUGCAAGACAACGUUUCCAAGAGAAACUAAACACGCCCAUCUCUCCACCUGCCAGUAUCAAGAGGUGGCCUGCAAAUACAGUGAGUUUGGGUGCAAAACAAAACCACUUCGAAAAGAUCUCCAAGAACAUGAGAAUGACGACAAGGCACACCUUUGUAUUACCAUGACAACAGUGCUGACGCAAAAAGAACAAUCUACCCUAUUAAAAAAAUAAUGCAUACUACUUAAUACCCAGUUACAUUGUUCUAACAUGAAGGAUCAGCGAGGUCUUACUUCUAUCUUUAGGAUACCCUCUUUUAAAGAGAAAAAAGAUAACAAUAUUGAGUUUCUCAGUGAUCCAUUCUAUACCUACCCCAGAGAUCCAUUCUAUACCCAUCCCAGAGGAUACAAAAUGGUUAUCUGCAUUGAUCCAAAUGGUUACGAUAAUUACAAAGGCACUCAUGUCUCAGUGUGGGUUUAUCUAAUGAGGGGAGAAUACGAUGAUCAACUCGAGUUCCCAUUCAAAGGCACUAUCAAGUUUGAGCUACUCAAUCAGCUGGAGGAUAAGAACCAUCAUUGUACGUCAUUCACGCAUGACGGCACACUAGAUUGUAGCAAGAGAGUAAUCGAUCAAGAGAAGUCUAGCGAAGCAAAAGGUGUGCAUGCAUUCAUCCGCCACGAAAACCUAGGACACAACGCCACCAAGAACUGUCAGUACCUACAGGAUGACUGUCUAGUGUUUCGAAUCUCCGUUGAUGUGCCGUCCUACAAGCCAUGGCUACAAUGCACCAACUAACACUAGUAUCUUUUAUUAGUUUGAAUGCUGAAUAACGUAUCUCACAGCUUAUUUUAGUGAUUAUUAUAUAGUGGAUUGAACCAAUAUUUUUGCAA